AUGGAAGAGACAAGCGGGGAAAUGCAUGAGGAGACAGAACUUGCUGCUGCUGCUGCUAAUGCUGCGUCAGCAGCAGCAGCAGCAGCAGCAACGGCAACAAAGGCAGCAGCAGCAGCAGCAGCAGCAAGCCAACAUGGAGGGGACAUUGUGCAGCUGCUGUUCUCAGCUGCAGAGUACUGGGGGCCCCACAAGCUUACAGCAGCAGCAGCAACAGCAGCAGCAGCAACAGCAGCAACAGCCGAUGCAGCAGCGACAGCAGCAGCAGCAGAGGAAGCAACUUCAGCAGCUCCAGCAGAAACAAGAGCUCCAGAAGAUGGAGCAGCAACAGCAGCAGCACCAACAGCAGCAGCAACAGCAGAAGCAACAGCAGCAGCAGCAGCAGCAGCGGCGCCUCUCAGUGCUGCCGCAGCAGUCUCCACCAAUCCAUACAGCAGCAGCAGCAGCAGCAGCAGCGAAGCACAGGCCUUAUCUUUUGCUGCUGUGCUGCAGCUGCUGCCGCAGCUACAAGCCAUUCGA